AUGGAGGAUCUUAUUCACGAAUUUAGCGAUUUCAUUGGAUUUUUGGAGGACACUAUAUCGAGGGUUGAUCCUUUAGAUCUUUGGGUAAUUGUUAUCACAAUUUACACAACAUAUCUAAAGAACACGUGUUCUAAACAGAAAACGAAAGCUGUGAUGAGCAACCAUAGUAAUCAAGGAGGCAGUAGGAAUGAGUUGAAUGAAAAUUUUCAGCAAGCAGGCGGCUCAAGGCAACAGGGUCAAAGCCCGAAUCCCAUUGAGGACGUAAUGGACGCUUUUAAGAGCAUAGCCCUCACGGCAGGCUCUGGGGCGAUUCUUGCUUCAAAUUGGCAAUCUACAUCACUAAUUGAUCCUGGUAAAGAACCCCGAAAAGGCCAAGGUAAUAACAGAAAUCAAAAUACAAUAGAUAAGAGUAAUGUGUCUAACGAAGGAAAUAAGAAUAAAGGUGCCGCCACCGGAAAAUUUGUAGAUGGUGGCUGGGAUAAAAAUCAAGACGAUCUUUUUUAUACGGAACGGAAUAGUCAAGAAAAAGCGAAUUACUAUAAUAAUCUCGGAAACUCGUACAUGGAUGUUGGAGGCGCAAAUGAUCCGAAUUCAGGUACAGAUGUUGGUAGUAUAAAUAGAGCGAAUAAAAAUACUAUCGAAACAAAUCAUAACCAUUCACAACAAAAUACAUGGGAAAAUAAUAAUACUUUUGAAGGAAACACUAAUGUCGGAUAUCAAACGAACGGUGAUCGGCCAUUGGAAAGAACGCCAAAUUCUCCAUCCCCUCCACCUCAACAACAACAAAGAGAACAAAAUUUUAAGCAGGAUCAAGGUUCAUCCACGUCACGAUCUCCACACACUCAAUCUCACCUGUCGCAAUCUCAACCUGAGUCUGAUAAUGCCCAUCAACCAGCAGCAUUAAGCACAGAAUCAAUAACUUUGAGAAUAAACGCCUGGCACUCUAUUGCCGACCCGAAUGCUGUAGAAAGAGGUGAUGGCAUUGGUACCGGACAAUUACACCGCAGGGGAAGAAAUUAUAAGCCUGUUGAUGAGGCGACCGUAUUAGCGAUACAACAGAAAGGAAAAAGCUCUGUCAAGAAACCAAAAAAACAGUUUGAAGAUAAUUUUGUGCAGUCCACUCCUUCAAACACAAAACCUAUACAAAAGAGUUUAAGUAGAACAAAACCAUUACCAAGACCUGGUCCUCAUAAACUCCCUAAUAAUCCAUUUGCCACUAACACACCCAUAUCUCCCUCUUCAUCCACAUCUCUUUCAUCAUCUACGCCGCACAAGCCACACUCCGUGAAACCAGAAACACGAACGACCGUCAAUCAACAAAGAGAAAAAGCACCAUCGCCAUUGCCUCUACCAUCGCAGCAACAACCACAGUCAACACGGGCACCUUCUCAAACACCUAGUCGAGAAAAAUGGAAUGCUCCAAGUUUGGCUACCACUCCUUUCUGGGAAUUGCCGCAAACAAAUAAUUCACAAUUUACUGCAAGGUCAACACAGUAUCAACAGUCACAAUCAUAUCGUCAUCCAUCACCUGCUCGUUCACCGCGACCGUCAAAAUACUCGCAGGAUUUCUUACCAUAUAUCCCACCAGAGUUCGAUUCAACCCCGUACCGAAAGCAAUCAUCACCUUCACCUGCUCGUGGUUAUUCACCCGCUCGUGGUUAUUCCCCUGCUCGUGGUUAUUCAAAUGGUUACAUAGAUGAACCGCCUGAAUACGAACGAGAAAGUAAUUUCGAUGGUCGAGAAGAUUAUGAACAAAAUAGUGAUUUCGAUGACGAAAAUAAUGUAUAUUACGAAGAGGAUGAGAGUUACUCCGAAAAGGAAGGAUAUGAGUCAGCAUCUGUAUUACUCGAUGAUGAGCCUAUUUCACGUCCUCUUCCACCUCCACUUGUUCCAACUCCAUUAUCUCCAAAACGCCCCGAUCAGCGUGAUCGCGGUUAUCAUCUUCUCACUAUAAAUGUGGAACUUUCUGAUUCAGAACCUCCUCAAACCAUCGUUGUUCACGUGAAUGAUGAUCCUGCGGUUUUGGCCAGAGAAUUCUGUAAUAAGUGGGAGGUUACUAAUGAGGUUAUAGAACCUGCAUUAAUCAAACUAAUUAAAGAUGAAAAAGAAAAACGCCUUGGAUGA